AUGUCAUCAGAUAAAAAUGGACUACAUGGAUAUGAUGAUAGAAGAAAUGUACACCUUCAAGAUUUAGAAAAUGAUAUAAAUAGUAUUUAUAAAACAUACACGUCAAAUAAUAAUAAAGAUAAUGAUAGCUUUGAAAGUCUUGAUUCUCAAAAUAAUCAAGGUCAGAAAACUUAUGUAUAUAAAUAUAAAUCACCACAUCAACAGAACUCACAAGCAUUGCCAUCAGUACAUAUAUCAUCAAGACUAUCAUCAUUAGAAGGAUCCGAGAUAGGAGAGUCAAUUGCUAAAAGCGCACCAGGUACUCCUUUAUCCAUCAACUCAUUUGAUUUUAGACCAAGAUAUCCAAGAGCUAUAACGAAUUCUUCUUUAAAUGUAUUAUUAGAUACCCCUAAUGGAGAUAAUGAAUUUAAACAACUAUCACAUCAAAAUAGUGGGAAAAUCAUCAAUGAUGAAAAUGAUGGAAUUCCAAAAUCAGCAGAAUAUGAAGAAGAAGUACAAGAUUGGCAAAAUAAAGGAGCAGCGAUAAAAAAAUUGGAAACACCAGAUGGAGAAAUAUCAACGAUUAGAAGGAGUGUGAAUGAUUUUAAAUUUGGUAAAGAAUUAGGUGAAGGGUCAUAUUCAACUGUGAUACUAGCGACUGAUAAGAUAACUUCAAAACAAUACGCUGUGAAAGUUCUAGAUAAAAGACAUAUCAUCAAAGAGAAGAAAGUUAAAUAUGUAAACAUUGAAAAGCAUGCAUUAAAUAGAUUAAGUAAUAGAAUGGGGGUGAUAUCAUUAUAUUUUACUUUUCAAGAUAAAGAUUCGCUAUAUUUUGUAUUGGAUUAUGCAGCUAAUGGAGAACUUUUAACACUAAUCAAGAAAUAUAAUACAUUAAAUGAAGAUUGCACAAGGUAUUUUGGAGCACAAAUUUUGGAUGCAAUCAAAUAUAUGCAUGAUAAUGGAGUUAUUCAUAGAGAUAUUAAACCAGAAAAUAUAUUGUUGGAUGAUAAAAUGAGGAUUCAAAUUACUGAUUUCGGUACUGCAAGAUUACUAGAAAAAAAGGAUGAUGAAAGUGAAGAUUAUCCAGUUGACGUUAGAGCUAAAUCAUUUGUUGGUACGGCAGAAUAUGUUUCACCAGAAUUAUUGGAAAGUAAAUAUUGUGGGAAACCAGGUGACAUUUGGGCUUUUGGUUGUAUUAUAUAUCAAAUGAUUGCAGGUAAACCACCUUUUAAAGCAACUAACGAAUAUUUAACAUUUCAAAAGAUUACAAAAUUACAAUAUGCAUUCAGUGCAGGAUUUCCAAAUAUAGUUCGUGAUUUGAUAAAAAGAAUCUUAGUUUUACAACCUUCAAAAAGAGCAACAAUUCCUGAAAUUCAAGAUCAUUAUUUUUUCAAACCUAUUAAAUUUGAUGAUUUUGACCUGCUUUGGAUGAAAUCUCCACCAGAAAUAGGUCCGUAUAAGAUGAAUGCUAAAUCAAUGAUGAAAGUUCCUAAUGUUAUAAAACAUCCACCAACAAAUAUAAUUUCGAAAAAGAAGACUAAAAACCCAUCAACUAAUGAAGUCAGAUCUGCUCCUCCAACUCCAACACAAACGAAUAAAGAUAUAAGAACCAAAACUAGAGUUACAAAUGGAAUUUCAUCGAAUGGAGCUGAAAAAGUUAGCGCAGCUGAUGCAGCUGCAGCAGUUUUAAUCAAAUCUUCAAGUUCAGAAACUGGAGGAUCCUCUGAGGAUCUAUCAAACUCAGCUUCAAAACUGAAUUCUUAUGAUAGUAGAAGAAGUUCGAAAGGAUCUCAACCAGAUUAUAUUCCUGGAACCAAUAUUUUACGUCCUCAAAUAACUACUAGACCAUCGGUUCAAUCAUAUUCACGUACUACAUCAGCUAGAGAGAAGCCUAAGCCAGUUGUGAAAACUAAACCUGAUGUUAUGGAGGUAACACCAUUAAGCACGUUGGAGGCUGCAUGGGGUUCAUUUCUUGAGCAUCAAGAUGAAAGGGUAAUAAGGGUUGGUCCAGUUAUUGUUCACAAAGAGAGUACUGAUUCUUUCGAACGGAAACAUAAGGGAUUAUUGCAUGCUUCACCUUUAGUAGCAGGUAAAACUCAAAGAAGUAGAUCAAACACUAGCUUACUUUCACAAAUGGUCAAUGGAGUUCCAGAAGUCAAUUCUGAUUUUGUUGAUGAAAACGUAGCAAUAACUGAACCUCAAGAAGUCAAAUAUUUGAAAAAGUUGCAAAAGAGGAAAGAAAGUAAAAAGAGUGUUGAAAUUGAACGAACACCAUCAACUGGUUCGAAUUUGAUCAAGAAACAUUCAAUUUUUAGAAAAUUAGGACUUAGUCAAUCAGAUAAAAAAGAUUGUCUUGAAGAAAUUACAAAUCCAUUUACACUUGAUAAGUCUCAAACUUGUACUAUGGUUGUAACUACUCAUGGUAGAGCUUUAGUAUUUGCAAGAAAAGAUUUAGAAUCUCCUUAUAAAUUGAUUUUAGAAGUGCAAUUAAAAUAUCCAUUUAUAAGGUUUCAGGAAUUAGUUACUCCACAAACUAAAUUUUCAAAGUUAUUACCAUCAGUAGGUGUAUUUGUUAUCACAUCAAUUGAUCUGUCAUAUGUGUUCGAAGUUGAAAAAUAUGAAGUUAAUCAAUGGACAGAGGCUUUAGCUAAGAGCAAAACUAAUGAAAUCGAAAGAGAAAAGCUUCCAGGAGAUCAACGUGCACCUCAACUGAAACCAGUACCAGCAUCAUCAUCAUCUUCAUCAUCAGCAAAUUCACCAGUAGAAUCAUCAGCAAUUGUUGCUCCUAAACCUACAAGUGCAACUUCUAGAAAAUCUCAAAAGGAAUCGCCAAAAUUAAUGGAUUCACCAUCAUUUUUCACACCACCUGUUAUAUUAAAACCGACAAAAUCUAAAUCUCCAACAAACAACAACAUAUCUCAAUCUUCACCUAAAGAACCUACUCGUCAGAGUUCAAAACCAUCAAGCAUGUUAAAAUCACGAAUACAAAGAACAACACCAAAAAGAAAACCACCACCAGUAAGUCCACCAAAUGAAUUAAAUGUUCAUACUGGACUUCCCAUGGGCUCAUCAGAAACUGGAUUUUUACAUGCAGCUAAAUUAGCAGUAUCUCAAAAUGCACAUAACCCAGUAUCAUCAAAUAGAAGGUCAAGUUUUACAAAAGAAGACGGUUCUAAAAUCGAUCAUCAAAAUUCAAAAGUAUAUCCACCUGCCAUUAAUACAAAUACCAAUGGAUAUCAUUAUCAUUCAUCACAAUCACCUAAUCAAAGUAAUCCAAGUUCACCUCUUGUGACAAGUAUGAAUUCUAAAUUAUUAGCAAGGAGUAGUAGAAAAUAA